AUGACAUUUCGUCCCAAAAAGCGCUUUCCUCACGGCACUCUUCGUCACAAUUUGCACAAACAAGCCCAAGCAACACUCAAUUCUGGAGUUGAUUUGAAGCAAGUUGUGCGUCUUCCACCAAAUGAAUCUUUGGAUGAUUGGCUAGCUGUAAAUACUGUCGACUUUUUCAAUCGAAUAAAUUUGCUUUAUGGAAUAUUAGCUGAUAGUUGUACUGUUGAAUCUUGCCCAACAAUGUGUGGAGGGGCAAAAUACGAGUAUUUAUGGCAGGAUGGAGUUGAAUACAAAAAAACCGACAAGGCUGCCUGCUAA